UUUCACAAGCCCUUGCUUUCUUUACCCUAGUUCGAUAAUGGCUAAGUUUUGAGAAACUCGUAUGUGUCAAAAAGUAGCUAUAGCCCAUAGAUUCAAACCAGUAUCGAAUCACCCCUAAAACAUCACUGCAUAUAAACACGUCGAGGACAGCUAUUCAACACAUUCUUACAGGUGGUCGUCGCGUUAUUUAACACUUGAUAGGUCUGGGUGGCAGCGCGAGGACCAUGGAGCUUUUGGUGUUGUAUGGAGCCUUCUUGUUGGGGGUUAUCACUGGGGAAGAAGCGCUAGCCCCUGAGCUCAGCGCCUCAGAUCUAGAGACAACUACGUCCGCCCCAGAGCCCGGUACCUCCACCCAAGAGCCCGGUUCCUCCACCCCAGAGCCUGGUACCUCCACCCCAGAGCCAGGUACCUCCACCCAAGAGCCCGGUACCUCCACCCAAGAGCCCGGUACCUCCACCCCAGAGCCCGGUACCUCCACCCAAGAGCCCGGUACCACCACCUCAGUGCCCGGUACCUCCACCUCAGUGCUCGGUACCUCCACCCCAGAGCCCGGUACCUCCACCCCAGAGCCCGGUACCUCCACCCCAGAGCCCGGUACCUCCACCUCAGUGCCCGGUACCUCCACCCAAGAGCCCGGUACCUCCACCCCAGAGCCCGGUACCUCCACUCCAAAGCCCGGUACCUCCACCCCAGAGCCCGGCACCUCCACCCCAGAGCCCGGCACCUCCACCCUAGAGCCCGCUCCAGAGCUGGACGCUCCAGAGCUGUACGCCGCAGCGCUCGGGCCCGAUAUUGCCGCCCCAGAGCUCCUUGGCUGUGAGGACGACUCGGACGGCAUCCCACUCUGCCGGGAGUGUCGGUACUUACGCAGGCUGUCUUCGAACUAUUCUCCAGAGUACCUGCUGGAACGGACAUGUCAGGCACAGACUUGCCUAGCGAAUGAAGGGAAAUGCGUGCAGCAGUACAUGGUCGUCCAGGUGCGGGUUCACAAUUAUGCACAGGACGAAAUGUAUAGAGAAGACCAUGUGAAGGUCGGCACAGGCUGCAGGUGCCUUCUCAACAAAGGGUCCGUCUUCGAGAUGUUCAUUGGGGAAUAAUAAAAACAAGAUAAACUUAGAGAACACAGGUAUAGGUGUUCAAAUAUGUGUGCAUGUACAUGUACGUGUAAUGCAGUACACACACACACACACACACACACACACAAACACACAGACUCACGUACACACACAAACACACAUACACAUACAUCGCUGUACCACAUAAAGAAUUUCUGUUUUCUCUAAUAUAAUUUGAAAUAGUAGAUGUCUUACAGUAACUAAAUUAUAUCAUGAUGUUGUCCUCCUGUUAUCCAUAUUAGUUGACACAUGUUUACAAUAAAACUUAUCAGAUGAA